AUGAUAUUCUACCGUCGAUACGCCAUAUAUCUGGGCGUUGGCAUCUGCUUGCUCGUGUUGCUCCGACACUUCCGACAUUCCCAAGCGCGAAAUGGUCCGCUCACGAAAAGUGCCUCCGGAGAACCGCUCAUCGAUCCCGUCACUGGCCGUCUACGAUGGGAGCUGGUGCCCGUCCGCUUUCCUGUCGGCUCCAUCAAACCGUUGUCAACCGUCAAGCCACGCGCGCUGCCAAGUGUCCAGUAUCGCUUCCCGCCCGAGACCGGCGAACACGCGGCAAAGCAGAAGGUGCGGCAGCUGGCGGUGCGGCAAACGUUUGAACGCUGCUGGACCGCGUAUCGAGAGCAUGCCUGGAUGGCCGACGAAGUGGCACCGCUGUCCGGAUCUUCGUACAACACCUUUGGCGGGUGGGCGGCAACACUGGUGGACAGCCUCGACACCCUAUGGAUCAUGGGGCUGAAGACCGAGUUUUGGGAAGCGGUGACGGCGACUCUGAAAAUCGAUCUGACUUACAGCACCGACGACACAAUCAACGUCUUUGAGACCACCAUCCGCCAUCUUGGAGGGCUUCUCGCCGCCUAUGACUUGAGUGGGGACCGCAGGCUGCUGUCCAAGGCGAAGCAGUUUGGCGAUAUGCUCAUCGUGGCCUUUGACACGCCAAAUCGAAUGCCAAUUACCCGAUGGCAGCCGUAUGCUGCGCUACUCGCUUCCCAAGAAGCCAACGAAAGGGUGCUCGUUGCAGAGAUUGGAUCUCUGAGCAUGGAAUUCACUCGCCUUUCCCAGCUUACCGGGGACCCCAAAUGGUAUGAUGCCACGGAUCGUAUCACGCGGAAGUUUGCGGAACAGCAGCACAAAACCAACCAACCAGGCAUGUGGCCGGUCACCAUUAAUGCCAAGGACGCCGACUUUACACAAGAUUCUUUCUUCACCCUCUCGGCAAUGUCGGACUCUCUGUACGAGUACUUUCCCAAGAUGCAUGCGCUGCUGGGCGGAGAUGAUCCUAUCUACAGAAAACUCUACGAGGACAGUAUGAAGACUGCGACGGAGUACAACUUGUUCCGCCCCAUGACACCAGACAAUGCAGACAUUUUAAUAUCCGGUCAAGUCCAGCGGCAUUCCCAAGAUUCCGUCGCGGGACUUGAUCCGCAAGGCCAGCAUCUCGUAUGCUUCGCCGGUGGAAUGUUUGCACUCGGAAGCAAGCUGUUCGAAAUCCCGGCCCACAUGAGCAUAGCGAGGAAGCUCGUCGAUGGAUGCAUCUGGACCUACAAGGCGCUUCCCCUUGGCAUCAUGCCCGAAGUCUUCCGCAUGACCAUGUGUGAGUCAAUGGUGAGUUGCGAGUGGAACAAGACAACGUGGCUAGAGGAUGUGCAGGAGCGCAAUGCCCGUUCUAGUCAUUCAUCCAUCGAGGACAUUGUGCGCCAAAACCGUUUACCGCCAGGCUUCUCCCAGAUUUCGGACCGUCGAUACAUCCUUCGACCAGAGGCCAUCGAGAGCGUUUUCCUCCUAUACCGGAUGACGGGCGAGGAGUAUCUUUUAGACGCGGCGUGGGAUAUGUUCACGGCCAUCUCCAACUAUACACAGACAAUCUUGGCGAAUGCGGCCUUGAAAGACAUCACUCUUGCCAACGAUGAUGCGGGGCUGCAGAAGAAUAAAGAGGACAGUAUGGAGAGCUUCUGGCUGGCCGAGACGCUGAAGUACUUCUAUCUAAUCUUCAGCGAGCCGAGCCUGAUCAGCCUUGACGAUUAUGUGUUCAACACAGAGGCACACCCUUUGAAGCGGAGAUUGCCAAGCGAGUGA